GUCAAUUUUCCUUCUUUACAAAAAGUAUCUCUAUGGCAUCAAUCCAGUCCCCUGAUCCUCUUGCUGAGGAGGGAUUUCCCUCACGCUCGCCGCGGUAUGCUGGAGAAGAUACCACCCCGACCAGCCGGCAGGAGAUCUGGGGCUGGUAUGCUUACGGCAUCGCCGCCGAGGUCUUCGCCGUCUGUGGUGUCGGAUCGUUCCUGCCUCUGACCCUUGAACAAUUGGCCCGCGAACGUGGACAGCUUCAAUCCAGUCAUCAGCCAUGCGUCGGACCCAACGCUCCGUCGGGCGAUAACAAUGAACAAUGCGUCGUUCAGUUGAUGGGGUUGGAGAUCACGACCGCCAGCUUCGCCAUGUACACCUUCUCUCUGGCGGUGCUUGUGCAGGCCUUGACUCUGAUCUCGUUCAGUGCGCUGGCGGAUUACGAGAGCAACCGCAAAACGCUCCUCAUGACGUUCGGCUUCGUCGGUUCCGUCACCAGCAUGCUGUUCAUGUUCAUCUCCCCGCCGGUCUAUGUCCUUGGCGCGCUCCUGGUGGUGGUAGGCGUGGUGUGUCUGGGGUCCUCGUUCGUCGUGCUCAACUCGUUCCUGCCCGUCCUCGUCGCACACGAUCCAUCCAUUGCCGCACCAAGCAAGAAGACACCCGAAGAGCUGCACGAGCUUUACCCCGACGGAGAGGAAGAUGAAGAUACCUUCCGGACGCAUUCCGCUCGCUCGCGCCAUCACGACCAGGGCGAGUCCGGCGGAUCCCACGCAACGAAGGCCGCGUCUCCCGAGCUGCAGCUGUCAACGCGCAUCUCCUCCAAAGGAGUUGGGCUGGGGUAUUGUGCGGCAGUCCUGGUCCAGAUCCUCAGCAUCCUUUUGCUGUUCACACUCUCCAAGACCCCCAUUGGUAAAUCCUCCGGCACGCUGCCCCUGCGCUGCGUGUUGCUCUUGGUGGGUCUGUGGUGGUGCGCGUUUACACUGGUCAGCCGGCGGUGGCUGCGCACGCGCCCCGGCCCGCCGCUAGAGGAGGCCGGCGGCGCGGUAGCAGCCGCACGGAGCAGCAGCAACAACACCGGCGGGGGCGCGUCGCCGCGCACGCGAUGGCGGCUCUGGCUGAGCCUCGUGGGAUUCGCCUGGAAGUCAUUGUGGAAGACAGCGCGGGUGGCGGUGCGCCUGCGCGAGAUGCGCGUGUUUCUGGUGGCCUGGUUCCUGCUGUCGGACGCGCUGGCAACAGUGUCCAGCACGGCGAUCCUGUUCGCGCGCACCGAGCUGCACCUCAGCACCACCAUGAUCGCGCUCCUGUCGAUCACCGCGACGGUUUCUGGCAUGGCGGGCGCGUUCUUGUGGCCGAUUGUGUCGCGCCGGCUGGGCCUGCAAUCGCACCAGACCAUCAUGCUGUGUCUCGCGCUGUUUGAGCUCAUCCCCUUGUACGGCCUCCUGGCCUACCUCCCCUUUAUCAAGCGCUGGGGCGUGAUCGGGCUGCAGCAGCCCUGGGAGAUCUAUCCACUGGCGGUCGUGCACGGUGUUGUGGGUGGCGGGUUGGCUUCGUACUGCCGGUCGUUCUUCGGGUUGUUGAUUCCGCCCGGCAGCGAGGCCGCCUUCUACGCCCUGUACGCGGCCACGGACAAGGGCAGCUCGUUCAUCGGCCCGGCCAUCGUGGGCAUGUUGAUUGACAAGACAGGCCAAGUGCGCAGCGGGUUCUUCUUUGUAGCCGUCCUCAUUCUGCUGCCGAUCCCCCUGAUCUGGAUCAUUAACGCCGAACGAGGCCGUGCCGAGGGCUUGGCGGUCGCCGAAAAUCUGGCGGAUCGGGACGAUGGGGAGGAAGCGGAGGGCUUACUCUCAAGACGAAGCUGAAUGUUCUCAGGAAUGUAGGAAGGUUAUAUAUUAUAGACAGUCGAUGCGAUUAGUUUUACAUGAUUCCCAACACGAAUGACGAAACAAGUUUACU